AUCUUUAUUUGAAUUGUAGAACGAAAAUGGUGCGGAUGAACGUUCUAGCAGAUGCCUUGCGCACAAUUGCUGCCGCUGAACGACGUAACAAAAGGCAGGUGCUGAUCCGGCCUUGUUCCAAAGUCAUCAUUAAGUUUUUGACCGUGAUGAUGAAACAUGGCUAUAUUGGAGAAUUUGAAAUAGUAGAUGACCACAGAAAUGGAAAAAUUGUUGUAAACCUUACAGGAAGGUUGAACAAAUGCGGUGUGAUCAGUCCCAGAUUUGAUGUAGCCCUUCGUGACAUGGAAAAAUGGACCACAAAUCUUCUUCCUUCUCGACAGUUUGGAUACAUAGUGUUAACAACAUCUGGUGGAAUCAUGGACCAUGAAGAAGCCAGGAGAAAACACCUGGGAGGAAAGGUGCUGGGAUUCUUCUUCUAAUGUGAUUGCGAUAGGGGAAAAAAAGACUGGUCCUUUGUCUGUGCUUUAUUUGUUCCUUACAAAAUUAAAGUUUACAGAAGGGGAAAUAA